GCCGACGUAUAUAUAAGACACGGAAACAGACCGGUCAUUCAAUGCGCACACUGUGGUUAUGUGUUCAACAUAUUAUUAUAGACCUACCUCGCCACACAGUCCGUGUCUCGUAUAUGCUGUUGCUGCCGCACAAACGACCAGACAACGUUCAUUCAGUCCGUGUAUUUCGGUUUAAUUUUCGAUUGGUCGUGUUUCACGUUUCCGUUCAAUCCGAUUUCGAGUACGGUCGUUCGUAUUUUUGUAUUCAAUGUGUGCAAUAGUAUAUGUAUUUAAAUAUUAAACUAUAUUAUACUAUAAACUCACCACACACACACGCAUAACCUCGUCAUAGUUCACACAGACUUCUAUAGUAAUACUUUGGAGUCGACUCCAGCACAUGACGGUCAACAGUGAGGUCCAGCAGACUCCAACGCAAAAUAUGGACGAUACGGAAUCAUCGUGUCCGAAAUGCGUUUUCGACCGCCUGCCACCGGAAAUGAUCCGGUUCAUAUUCCGGAAGCAGUCCACGGAUGAUCUGCUACAGGCGUCGGCGACCACCGAUCGAUUGUACCGAGUGGCCCAGCACCACAUGUACGCGUCGGAAGGCGCACUGCUAGUGCGCGGUGGUCAGGACACGGCGGCCACCGUGACGCGGACGUACGACGUGCGGAACGUAACGUCACUGUACCUGGUGGACGUGUAUGACUUCGACCGCGACGUGCCCAGACAACUGAGGCGGUUCGACGAACGCAGUGAUGACGGCGAACGUAACGGACAAGACGGUAACGAAGGCGGCGAACAUAGCGACAACGACGACGACGACGACGACGACGACUGCGUUGGCAGCACAUGUAGCGACGGUGAAUGUGACGACAGCGAUAAAUGUCGUGGCAGCCGAUCGUCCGCGUUGGAGGUGUUGCACGUGGGUUACGGCCGAGACGUGCAGUACGCCAACCUGCCGGUCGAAAGUCUGCGCCGCUUGUUGUCCGAAGUCCGCGCCCGGCGGGUGUGCUUCAGCAAUGUGGUGAUGACGGCCGACGACGUGGCCGACGCGGUGUCUGCCAUGCUCGAGGCCCGCGACGACGCUGACGACCUAAACGAAAAUAAAGACGACGACGGCGACGGCGACGACGACGACGACGACGGCCAAAGCGGCGACGGCAGCGACAGCGGCGUGGACGACGACCUCGACCGCCGGCCGCCGGUGCUCAGGUGCUCGCACGACCGGGCCGACGACCGCCGGGUGGUCGAGCUCAUGGACGCGGUGGAGCGCACGUGCGCAGGUCUGCUGUCCGAGUUCAGGGUGACGGUCCGCCGGCCGGCGCCGCACGCGUACGCCGUCUACCCGGUGUCCCGGUGCGGGAGCGCGGCCGACUGGGACGACGCGGCCAACGCCGCGGACGCCUCGGCCGCCGUCGCCGCCGAGACGCCCGAAGACCUGCUCGCGCUCACCGCGGCCGACUGUUCCGGGCUGGGCCCGGCCGCGUACAAGCGGUUGGUGCCCGCGUGCCGCCGGUUGCGCCGGUUGACCAUGAAGGCCGCCCGGCAAGUGGACGACGACGGGUUCGUGGCCGUGGCCGGGAUGCCGUCACUCCAACACCUCGACGUCGAAGGCAUGUCGAACGUCACGUCGGACGGUCUGCUCAGUGGUCUCGUGAGCGCCACCGGACUGCAGUCGCUGGGCCUGGCCGAUUGUCCUUACGUCACGGACGACGUGCUGCGCCGGAUCGGCGAGAUGAGGCAGCUGCGCAAUCUCCGGCUGGACCUGACCGACUGCGACAAGACGACGGCGGCCGGCGUGACGGAAAUGCUCGCCGGCUGCGAGCGGCUCCGCGACCUGGACCUGACGCUGCCGCUGAACGCCGGUUACGUGGCCGCGGCCGCGUCCGCCAGCCGCCUGGACCAGCUCCGCGCGUUUCGGCUGACGUUCGAGCGGCUGUCGUUCCAAGACCACCUGGACGAUCAGCCGGCCGACGCGGAUUGGCAGCGGUCGCUGGCCGCCGGUUUUCCCGACCACGUGGAAUUCAGCGUCCGGCAGACGUUCACCAGAAUUACGGUCACGGUCGACUGAUCGGUCGGUGUGCUCUGACGCGUUUACGUUUUUCCGCUUCACAUCGGACUGCCGAUAAGAUUUGCAAACAUUCCGACCACCGACGCACAUGUAAUAUAGAAGUUGAAAUGCAUCACAAAAACCAUAUACCGCCGGUGGUAUACCGCGGUAAUAGAAUAUCGUGUGUAUGUUUAAUGUACAUGUUAUUAUACUAUAGGUAUGCGUGACAAAAACUAUUUCCGAUUUGUGACUUUCCGGUUUUUGUGAUUAUUACCAAUUGCGGUCAAUAACAAUAUGAUAUCGGUACCGUUCAACUCGACAUACGUGUGCCGUACACGUUACAUACACAAAACACGCGUCGUACAUAAUAUUAUUAUUGUUAUUAUUACGAGUCGGCGGCGCUCGUAUUAAAAAAAAAUUCAAACGGCGCGUCACCGAGAGAAAACUCUCAUCCUUUUGUGUGUAGCCGUCACCAAUGUCGUCGUGCGUUCAGAUAAUAUUGUAUAAUAUGUCACUGACUUCGAUCGAAAUCGAUAUCGAUUGUUACGCGCAUCUGGUUCCGAUUUAUUGGCGAGUGCGCGUCCUCCAGAUUUCCGUGUGAUUCGAACGCGCCGAAGUGCGUCGUAUACGCCGCGGGUCUUGCGCGUCAUUGUAACUUGUACAUAUACAAAUAGCACACUAUCAUUAACAAAUAUAAUAAUAUUAUAGUUAUAUCGUUAUCGUAUAUCCAUAUUUUAUUAUACUCAACUAUUCAUACUCACACUCCUAUAUAGCGUAAAUUAUUUUAUUUUACUUAAUAAUAUUAUUGUCGUUAUUAUUGUUUUUAUUAAUAUUUAUAACAUGUCGAAACUAGUCAAAAAUAGUAAGUUGUUAUCGAUAAUGAUAAUUAUGUUUUGUUGAUCUUACUUUGUUUAUUAUUUUUUUUUUUUAUUUGAAAAAUUGUAAAUAUUUUAGUUAUUAUGAUUAUGCGUGGUUUUUUUAUUUGUACUGAAAUAUAUUUUGAUUACUGUAAAA